UGUAACUAAGGUCAUAUGAAACUACUAUAAAUUAGUAGUGAUCUUUUAAUAAGUGAAUGAAAUACAUAUAAUGCUAAACUAUAUGUUCGAUUAUUUUGUGUUUGGACUAAUUUUAUUAUGCUCAGAUUCUAUUUACGGACAAAUUGAAACGACCAAAGAAGAGUCUGUAACUGAUCAAGGAUGGGUACGAUUUACUAUGAAUCAUAAUCCACUCAUAGUGAGCCCACGAAGGUUGCCACAAAACACUUGUUUUAUAUUAAAUCGAUGGUAUUUUAAACAAAUAAAUGUCAGUUCCGAUAAAAAAUUAUCAAAGAGAACAAUGAAUACACUUUAUUGUAGUAUAUGUAUUGUGGUGAUUAUAUAUGCCUAUUUCGAUAUGGUAAAUGGUGUACCGGAGCCUAAUAAAUUUGUCGAUGAAGAUGGAGUACCGGUGAGAGGAAAACCUGUGACAAUUUUUCUUUUCGCUACUCCAAUCAAAGUAUCGGCUAUUAAGAUACCAGUGAACAAAACAAUGAAAGUAGAAACCACACCGUCCAAAGAAAAGAAGCAAAAAAGUAAGAAAUUAAAUCAUUUCAUUUAAAACGUUUUAUGACAUUCUGACCGGAACACUAAUUCUGAAACCCAACAGCUAUUUAAUAUGUUCCGAGCUGAGGCAAUGUACAAUAUAGAUCAAUCUAUGGUGACCAAUAUUUCUAACUAAUGAGAAUACCACUCCUCCCCCCCCCAAAAAAAAACUUGUAUUUUAAUUUCUAGCUAGAACCUGAAAAUUACCAGUUGUGUAUAUGUUGACCAGUUUACAAUUAUUUAAUACUUACAUUUAAGAUGUGGAUCGUUUUUUGUAGGAAAAAGUUUCACUUCAACAGUAUUCGGCAUAUACAUAGAAUUAAACAAUCAGUAAAGACAUAUUUAUAAUCACUAGUUGUGCUAAUAGAUUAUACUUUAGAGAUCGGAUUUUUAAAAAAAGAUGUAAAAUUCACGUUGUAAUGUAGUUUAUCAUUCAGGAUAUCCGUAAAUAUAUAUUUUUUAUGACUGAUUUGUUUGCUGUGUAACAAAAGAGAAUAAUUACCAUUAGCACAACAUUUCCAUUUUAUCUGAGUGAUAGAAAUAAUUGCAGAAAAUGCAAUUUGUUUCCCAGUAGAUAAUUUUCAUCCUUGAAUGUAAAUUAUAUUCUUACCGUUUUAUUUGUAGAAUUUACAGUCUAUUCCUUAUCCUAUAUUCUAAGCACAUAUAUCGAAACAUUGCUCCAACAAUAUAAUGGAAUCACUGAGUGUUUGUACAUAAAUUUCGUCAGAUGAUGUCUUGAAGUCGGUACAUGUGCACUUGAUUAAAUAUACUGAAAACAUAGUGAUUUCAUAAUCUAUCCUAAUUUUUAAGAGAAAGUGGUCAACAAGAAUCAAUCAGCAUCGAGGUGUACAGGACAAGCUGU